AUGUCUGCAAUGAGUUCAUAUUCUGAUACUGAUUCAUCUGGGUCUUUUUGUACACCGCCGCCAGCACCCGCAUCGACAGAUCUUCCCAAGCCUCCCCUGCCAUAUCAAACCGGCUGGAAAUUUACAGCACAGCAUCAUGUUGCUCCGCCUCCUAAGGCCACAAGAAUUAUGCACCCCUUUUAUGCCAAGAAAAAAGAUCACGUCGAAAGGAGUCAGCUCAGUCCAUUCGACCGAUGUUUAAUACACCAGCCUCUUCACGAAAAGCCACCGAGUAUCCAAGGAGAUGACAUCAUUAACCUAGAAAUUCUUGGAGUUUUAAAAGUAGGAGUUGCGACACACUCUCAGGUGGUCACAGUCCGACUUCAGACCUCCACUAACCAGAUUCCUAAUAAGACUCUUGUUGCUAAGAUUUACGACCCGCUUUAUGUUGAUGAUGAAUCUGGCUACACUAACCCAUUUAAACUCGUUAAUGCCUGUUUCUCGAACGAAGCAAAUUCAUAUAUCGCGCUUAGCGAUAUGCAAGGUCAAGGGAUCCCAAGGUACUAUGGAUCUUACUUUUCGGUCUCUCGGCGGACAACACACAAACAGAGUCUUUACCAAAACGGAUAA